ACCAUCUGUGAGAGGGAGGAGGCUGCUGCAACCUAAGGCCUUUGUGGACCCGGAACUCUGGAGUCUCAGUUUCACCCACAUUGAACUAUACAGAAGGUUCACAAAGAUGGAUGCAUAUCAGCCAAAGAAACUGAUGGAUCUUGCUAUACAGAGUCUGCUGAGCAGCAAGUCUGCAGCACUCCAAGCUCUGGAGGAUAUUCCAAGAGAUCUUUUUAUUCCAUUGUUCAUUGCUGCCUUCGAUGGUGGGCAUAAAGAUACAUUGAGUGAGAUUGUGAAAGUCUGGCCCUUUUACUGUCUCCAUAUUGGGCCAUUAAUUGUACAGGAGCCUCAACAUGAACUACUGAAAGCCAUGAUUGAGAAUUUUCCAGUAUGUCCUGCAAAGAACUCUGCUUCUCGGAGACCUAAACUGAGGAUCUUAGAUUUAAGGCAAGACACGGACUGUAGGACCACAUGCCCUGAAUUCAGCAUCAAAUCACCUUUCUGUUUUUAUUCUUGUGUUUAUUCUGACCACUCUAUCACAAAAAUAGAGGAAAAUCUUUGUUUUGAAAAUUCAGGAUCCACAAUUCAGUUACCCAGGCCUGUAGAAUUACUAGUGGAUCUUUCCCUCGAUGGCUCCUUAAUGGAAAGGGAAUUUUUGAUUUUGCUUAUGAAUAAAAUUAAGGAGAGUUCAGGGUCUUUGCACAUAUGCUGUCGAGAUUUGCAAGUUGAUAAAUUGUGUGGCUGUAAAUGCUCCCUGAAUUUUCUGGAUCUCAAAUGUGUUGCUCAGUUGUCAGUUGAUAAGGGUUCACUGAGUGAUAUUUCCAAGGUCCUGUCUCAGAUGGACCACUUAGAAAGCCUUAGUCUGUUUAAAGUCACUUUUAGAUCUUUGAGUGGAAAAGUCUUUAAAAAUUUUCUCGGUCACUUAAGACGUAUGGAAAACCUUAAGGAGCUCAACUUGUCUUCAUUUUAUCUCAAAAACAAUCUGGACAGAGUGCUCAGAGUUCUUCCACCUGUUUUGGAUUUCUUGUAUCUGCCAUACUGUGAUCUUUCAUAUCGAGAUUUCAGAUUUCUGGCCCAGUGUCCUCAGGCCUCCCGCCUAAAGCUGUUGAAUCUUAGUAACAACUCAAUGUAUUGGGAUAAUUUUGAGCCCUUCAAAAUUCUUCUGGUAAAUCUCUCUGGUACUAUUCAGCAUCUAGAGAUAAAUCAUUGCCUUAUAAGCGAUUCUGCAAUGUCAUCUCUUAUCCCUGCCCUAAUUCGUUGUACUCAUCUCCGUAUCCUGAGCUUUGCUUCUAACCCCAUCACAAUGCCUGUGCUUGCGAAUAUCAUGAAUAGUUUAACAACCUUGAAGAAGCUAAAAAUUGUAAUUUAUCCUAUCCCUGUACAUUGCUAUGAACGAUGGCAUUUUCAGGGCAGUUUAGACCGAAGGAAGCUUGCCAUUGUGCAACUUCAACUGAAGGCAAUGUUACAAACUGCAGAAAGGGAUGACAUGAACUGGAUCACUUACACGGAGUGAGUUUCAUAGUCCAACACAGUUUCAACCUGAUAAACAUUGUUUAAGUAAUAAAUGUUAUUUUCUAGACCAAUACACUCGAUAUAUAAGAUUCUUACACUGAAGGGACUUUCACUUAGGGAAUUGCACUUAGGGAAUAUAGGUAUGUAACUGAGUGUCAAAGCGCACACUAGUAACUCCAGUGCUGAAAGUGAAGGAUGGAAUAGCCUUAGAGCUACGUGGCCAGACAUUCUAGCAAAUUAGUGGAUUCUAAGUUCAGUGAGAAAUCCUGCCUCAGAAAAUAUGUAUAGAAGAAAAAAAGCAGAUAUUGGCUUUGGGCAUGCAUGAGUUCACUAGUGUGCGCGCAUGCACACACAAGCAUAACAUGCACCUUCUCCCACACAUAAAAAUAUAUUACUCAUAUUAAUUUCUUCAAAUAGCACACUGCAUCACAAAGACAUGGCAAAGAUAUAAAAUUAGCAUUUGUUCUUUUCACAUGUUUUAAUGCCAAAAAUGGCUGCAUUUCAGUGACUGAGUAACAAAAGAAUAGACUAUAAUAAUUUACACAUAAUGUUUUCCUAUUGAAAUAAAUUAGUAAAACAAUGGCUUAUAUCUUUACAUUAUUUUCUUUUUGAGUGAGGUCAUACUCGGGUUCAGUCUGACCACAAAUAAAAUCAACUGACAUUUUUUUUUAGCAGUGACACUGGUGAAUAUAUCAAACUGUAUUUUACAGGUGGAAUACAAUAUGAAAACUGCCAAGGCAAUUAAAAUUUGUUUUUAUUCAUUUUCUUUUUGUAGUAACAUUGUAUUUCCAAAUUAAUAAGAAAAAAGCAUGUUAAAAUAUGCCAUAAUUCAUGUGUCAUAUUUCUUUUGUGAUAUAACACUUUAAUUUGUUCUAUUUUCCACAAUGCUUAUAUUACGAUGUCAAAGACCUACUAGAAUGCCAGUGUAAUGAGCAAUUUACUUACAUUGGUUCUAAGUUUAAAAUUGUGGGUUUUUUGACACCUUGUAUUAAAUAAAAUAUUAAAAUUAAGUUUA